AUAUCGAUUUCAAUUCUUUAAAAAAAGACUUAAAAUGUACAUUGCAGUUUGAAACAAUUAACAGACCAUAUGUUAAACAAUAAAUCUAUUUUGCGAUAUAGAAAUAAUGUGUCUUAGCACGGUAUGAGUAUUAAUUCUUAUCAGCGUGUAUAAUUUUAAUUUUAUACUGUCAUAGCGGGCGCAUUGUGCUGUGAUAAAGCGCAGACAUAAAAAUUCGAGAGAAUAAUAUCACACUGAAAAUGUAGAUAGAUUUUUAUGCACGAUCAAUGAUAAGAGAAUUAUAACAGCGUGGUAUAAAAUUUAAAAAAAUAUUUAAAUUUUGUAUAUCGCAUGUAGAGAAAGAAAUAUGUUUACUUCUUAUUGAAUCAAAUUUUCACGAAUAAAAAUUCAGAGAAAUCAAUUUUAAAAUACAACAAAAUAUUUCUUUAGAUGGCUAAUAGAAGAUAUGCGGCUUUCAAUAAUUCUGAACGCUGCAUUAAAGAAAAUAAAAGAAUCGUGGCGCUCAAAUGUCGAUAUAAUGCUGCAAAUUUCCGAAUCCCAUUUCGGAUAAACUGGGUUAUAAUAUUGACCAUAAUAUUGGUUUGUCAAUUCGCAGAAUCUGCUGCUGGACGACAAGUGUCGAGUUCGCACGGAAAGAAGCAUUAUGAUCAGCAUUGUUCGGGGCGCGUUCAUGGCACGCGAAGAUCGAUGACACCCAGUCGGACUUUACAAAGCGUCGCCGAAGAUUCAGCUCUCACGCCGCAGGACGUUUUAUCACGUCUGGAGGCUGCGGCAGUUUUGCGUGACAAUCUGGUAACGAUGUUAGGCCGCAUACUUCUACUUUGUCUCAACGAUAACGUAAGAAUACCUCUCGAGCUGAUUCACGAUGCCGUGCGAAAUCGUCGGGUCGCGGUCUACGAGUUUCUUCCAGUCCUGCCGGCACUGAGAAACAAGUUACCUAGACAACAACUGUACAAGCUUCUGCAAAUGUUGGAAAGGGUCGACAACCGCUUCGUUUCCGAAUACGCGUCGCUCUGCAUAAACGCCUUUUCCGACAUCGACGCCGCCCUGAAGAGGUGUCGUUCACCGGUGUCGUUCACCGAUAUGCUGCUCGACGUAGACCAGGAAGUGAUCGAGUCGGUCUCGCGCGAUAAGCGAAGGGCCGACAUGGUGCCUUCAUCCCUGACGAAAGGCAUUGACUUUCUGUUACAAGCGGCUCGCGAUGGCGACCAGAUUCUCAAUUUGCGUACAGUGUCCGCGAUACUGUUGAAUUAUCCGGCGUUUGAUCUGACGGAUCCGGAAGUCCACAACGCCAUCAGAUUUAUCGCACAACGAUUGAAGGAGCGAUCGAACUCGACGGAUGCUCUACUGCAGUAUUUGGGGCCAAAUCUGAUGAACGUGACAAAUUUUCUGAAAAUUGUCCUUGAAAGAUUGGAGGUAGACGAGCUAUCGUCCGAGGCAAUUAGAGAGGCGACCUCGUUAUUGCUUCAGAAUUUCGACGUGGAGCCUUAUCCGUCCACCCUCAGUUGGAAGGAUAACUUUAAGAAGCUCUCGGUGGUGACGAAUGAUCAUUACCCCGUUAACGUCGUCGCUGCGGCUAAAUAUCUCCUUGAUCAUCUUAAUGAUUCGGAUCUUCAAACUCUCGACAUCGAUUUCUAUGAAACGGGCGACCACGCUCUUUUGCAAAUGCUGUUGCGUCUCCGUAGACAGUCACAUCUGCAGCAUUUGAAGAAACCUUUGUCCAUGCUGAUACCUUUCGUCUUGCAAAGGGUGGUGAACGAUGUCAGUUACGAUUACAUGGCGCCGAUAAGCUUCUUCGAAGUGAACAACUAUCUAGACUCUUUCGAUACGCCGUGCCUCCAACAGAACCUUAGCGACGCGAUGAAAAUGUUACGUCCUCACUUAUCCGAGAAUCUGCCAUGGACCUACGUCUUCGGGGACAGACGUGUAAGCGAUGAUCCCUGGGAAUUGACUUUGACCUCGCUAAUUCAUCUGAGAAAUGUCCCGGUGAACAAAUCGCAAGCCAACCUUAUCGAUAAUUUUAUCUACAGAGGUCACGUCAACGGCCUAUCUCGUAGACAAGGGUUGCUUUAUGAUUCUAGAAUCAUCUUUCAGAGAACCGAUUCCACGGAUGUGGAGGUCGACUUCUUUUCUCUGUUGAUGUACAUACCGAACGCUUUCAAGAGCGAAAAAUUUGCCCCUAUGCUGAAUUUUCUGUCUAAGCCGAACAUUCUCAACCUUCUCGGCUACGAGUUCAAUAAGUUUGAAUAUGAAACACCAAGAAGCCUAUUGUUAGCAAUGCUGAAAAGAGCGCUGACACUUUCUCCCGUGAAAUCUGACGAGCUUUUAUCCAAAGCUCUUCAGAACGCUUACAAUUACCUCGAGGAGCCACUGCUGAUCAAUCUAUACAUCUCGGAGGAUCUGCAAUUGUUACUAAAACAUCUACCGUACAUCGAUAGUGAUCCACGGUACCUGCCGCUAAAGAUACUCUUCGACAACCAGAAAUUAUUCAUGUAUUUGUCGUCAACUUUCAGUCUGGCCGAUGUAAACACGCCAAUGGAAAAACUCCUUUUAAUAUUACAGACUGUGGGCCUGAAACCCACGGAAUCAAAACUUUCGAAAGCACUGAGUUUUGCUAUCAAUAAUAUCAACGGGCCACCGUUGCCAGUUAAAACUUUCGAUCGCUCAGAUUUUGUGUACCUAGUUCAACAACUGUUGUCUCAUAAUAAAACGCUGCAGGACGAAAUUCUCAAAUCGUACGCGUACGCAAACGUCAGCGACUGGAACGUCUCCAUCAGCGGAACACCGGAAAACGUUCUCGUCAGAGCCUUGAACUAUCCCAUUUAUUAUAUCUCAUCGGAUAUGAAUCUAGCCGGCCUCGUAGAGCAAGCAGAAGAUAUCUUGUGUGUGGAGAAAGAAAUUCUAAUUAAUGCCGAGAUCCUGAAAAAACAGACGUUGGAGGCAAUGCUGGAAUAUCUACCGAGCAGUACAUAUGUGAAACCCGUAAAUCUGUUGCUGAGAAAAGCGAAUUUAUUGACGCUCGUGCCAAAUUUGAAUCUUGAAAUUUUGGAAAAUAUUAACGCGCGCGAUGCUUUGAUUACGCUUUUGAAAAGCUUGACGGAAUCACCCAUAAUACGCGCGGAGAAAUUAUUGCUUAGACGUAUCAGGACGGCGUUGAGCUCCUUGGACGGUAUGAGUGAAGACGAUCGCCAAACACCAAUUUUCGUUUACUUGAUCCAAUCGUUGCAAGAUCCAAGUAAUAAUGUCUAUCAGCCAAUUCUGCUAGAAGUAAGCAAGUUGAAGAACCUAACGAUUUCGCCCGAAAAACGACAAGCUUGGUUGCAAAAUUAUUUGCAGCAGAUCAUCAACAAGAACGAGUCGGAGGAUUUGAUGAAGGCCGCAUCGAUGAUUCUCAAAGAGAUUACGUAUGAUGACAGUUUGGACGAAGAGUCGUGGGCUAGUAAAGAACGAAUUAAUGAAGCUAUAUCGUUUUUGCCUAAGAAUUUCUUUACCGAAUCAUUGAGAAAAUUACUGACACCAGAUUGGGCGUAUAGCAUUUUACCAGAGAAGCUCAGAAACUCUGAUUCAUUGCAGGAGGAAGAACUCUUGCUAGCAAUUCUGCACUACGCAAAACAACGAGUCGAUAUUAUCAACAAUCCUUCGCUAAUAAACUCCAUUUUCAAAGUCGAAGCAAGCUUGAAAGGAUGGAUGACGAACGUCAAAUCUCUAAAGAGUGUCGUUGCCAUUAUAAAGGCUGCUAUUUACGAUCCUGUUAGAAAACUCUUAACUGCUGCCGGGUUGAAUAAAAUUAAAGUUACCGUUCCUUCCGGCAGAUCGGCUAAAAUAUCGCUACUAGGAUUAUUGCAUCGUUUGCUGCAGCAUCCUGUGAUCAAACAGAAUAACGAUGUUUUCAAACUAUUGAGCACCGUUAAACAAGACGUGUCUUAUUUCGGGGUGGACGUGGACUUACUAGUUGUACUCGAUGAUGUAGGAAUUGCUUAUACUAACGAGCUCGCUCCCAUUAGAUUGUUCUUGCAUAGAAAGGAUGUUAACGAGAAAUACGGGCACACCGUUCUUGUGAUUACCAAUCCUAAAAACCGAUAUCACGCGUUACUGAACAUUCUUCAGAAACAACAGACGGACAACAACACAGAAUUUUUCAAUGCGCUCUCGAAGCUGAAAAAUAUUCAACCGAACGAAGGAGAGGCCGUGGGUACACUGCUUUCAGACCUCGAAGACAUAGUAAAUGCCAUCCCGCAUCGUGUCAGACAACAGUUCAAACCUAUCGAGCAUUUAUUCAACGCCGAUACGCUGUCCCGUUUAACGGACGAUGAUGAGAUCGUCAAAUCAAAAACCCCAUUAACUGUUUUAUUAUUCAAGAUGUCAAAGUUGCCAGAAAUUAGCAACAAUUAUACCGUAGCGAAUGAGUUAAAUAAGCUACUAUCGGAUGGCGAACAUUUGAAUUACCCGAUUGUCACAGGUUUUCAACUCAGACCACUAAUACGAGAACUUGGACACGUUCAGCAAAUCAACAUGGACUAUAUUAAUUCUAUCUUGAAUCCCGAAAUAUUGAGCUACUUGAAUACAGAAACAUUUUUCGAUGCAUUCGAUAACAAUAUCGAGAUACUUAGAAAUAUCGUCGACUAUUUGUUGUAUAAAGGUUCAACGUUUGUCGAUUACAACAUGCAGAAGCAUCUGCAAUCGUUCAAACAUGCUCUGGAAUUAACGAUAGGCUCCAGCGAGUCCUCAAAGAAAGAUUUGAUUGAGGAAGACUGGAAAAAGAUGCUGGAUCUGAUACCGCACAAGAAAGACUUCACACCCAUCAAGAUCUUUUUGCAAACCAAAGAAAUCCUCAAACAUAUCAAUUACAAAGACGUGGAUUGGAAUAUAUUUUCAACACCGGCCAAGAAAUUACUUCAUCUGCUGUCGUUGAUGGAAAAUAGCGGUAUUGAAAACGAGAUUGUCCACAAGUCGGCGAAUAAGUUGCGGGACCAUCUUGAGAAACGUUACAAUUUUAUUACCGAGCAAGACGUUAAGAGCAUGCAACAUACUUUAGCGAGUCUCAAACUCAAGUACGAUUUAGUACCUCUCAAGAUAUUCCUGAAUCACGGUAAUAUGAUCAAAUAUUUACCACCGGACUUCAAGUACACCAACUACAGCUCGCCGAUCGAGGCCUUCGCCGCUGUGCUGGAUAAUCUGCUGCAGGUAUCCAGCUUGAAACGAAAAGUAAUUCUUUAUAAGACCAUGAUGUUCGUAAGAAAGGCUUUAUACGAGCAUGCUUCCCCAAUAAUGCGAUCGUUUCGUAAGGCUCUUAUUCGUAAGCAACUGUCCAGUAAAGAUUUCGAAUUUGUCAGCUGGUUAAAUACGUCCCUGCCGAAACUAAAUGAGUUUUUGCAGCCUGAAAAAUUAGCGAGUUUACUGCCGAAAUCGUUUACCUUCGACAACCAGCCGACGUUCAAAACAAAAAUGCUGCAUUUACUACGACAGUUGUUAAAAUCAAAUGUGGACGUUCAUUCGGAACUGGAGGGACUUCUCCAAGAAGCGGAGAUUUAUCCCGACGUUCCGGAUAUGACGACAGACGACGUCGUGCAACUUCUGAACAUAUUUCCCGUGAAGGGAAUACCUUACGCGGAGCUUGUUAAAAAAUACUUAAAGCUUUCCACGUUGACCAGGUUGUUACCCGGAAAUUUCAAUAUAAAACAAAUGUCUACCGCUAGAGUGGCGUUCUACUAUGUUGUAUAUUUGCUUAAUGUUACUCUUGGCUCUGCAAAAGAUGACAAGGUGAAAAUAGCUCUCGACACCCUCAUAAGGGAAUUGAUAAAAGUUAGCUCCGAUGUAAUACCGUAUCAAUCGAUGAUCAAUAACAACGAUAUAAUAUCUAUCAUAAAAGAGAUUCCAUUCGAGCAGUACAAGCCAAUUAAGAGACUCAAAUCUCAGAUGACGCCUAAACGAGUCAUCGCGGCUUUACCCUUAAAUUUCCAUCUUAAUGAGUACAAAACGAAGAAACUAAAGGUGUUAGCGGUCUUGGGCGAAUUAUCGAAAAGCAACGCGUUUAAAUCUUCGCAAUAUUCAAUCCGUUUUGCUAAAACAAUCGUCAGCAAGAUGCCGGAUAUGCCUAUGGUGAACGACACGGAAAUCGAGAGGUUGUUGUCGCCUUUGAAGUUAAAUGACUUCUACUUGAAGCUACUUAUAAAGAAUUGCAAAGUGACAACCUUAAUGCCGCACUUGCCGAUUCAUUUCAAUCUCAGCAGCAUAGAGUCGCGAAAGAUGAAGAUUGCGAGCAUCCUGCGCUACUGCAAGUUGUCCAAUCCCAACGUGAGCACAAAGCAGGCGUUGGUCAACGCGGAAACCUCGCUGAGCGCAUCGCCUGACAUCGAUGUUACCCGGAAUCACGUGGAAAUUUUGAUACGAGCGAUACCGUGCACCCAUUUCGUCUCGAUAAAACCUUUGCUGCGAUUCCUAUCGCAGACGGACGUCGCGCCGCUUCUUUCCUGGGAUCUCGAUCUGUAUCAACCGUCACGUACUUUCAAGCAACGUAUUUUCGAUUUGUUGACCGCUUUGCGAAACAUUAAGGAGCUGCAAAGCAACGAAAUAUUCUCCGCUCUCGAUACUUUGGAGGUGAACGCGAAGUCCUUACCGGAAAAAGUAUUCAUACCAAACGAACGGCUAACAACCUUGAAUAACUCGGUGAUCAUGGCUUCUGCGCCGUGCUCGAUCUAUCGGGAUUUCGUGUUAAAGACUGAAAAUCUGAUUCAGAUGUUGCCACCGAAUUUCCACUUUCAAGUUGACCUUCAGUCAUCAUCAGCUACCAAUCACAGCGAAUGGUCGAGACUUAUGCACUUCUCUACGCUGUUUUUGCGCGAGGUGAAAUUAGAUAGAUCUAUGAAAAACGCAUUUAAAGCUUGCAAGGACGACAUGUACAAAUUCGAAAAGGAGCAGAUUUUGCUUUAUUUAUCUUAUGGAUUAAAUAGCACGCAAUUUCAGCAUCUAGUGCCACUAAGAUUGUACGCGUUGGGUCAUGCGGAAGAUGUAGCUGUACCUAUCGAGGAUGUUUAUCACGCUUUUCCUUUCGGAUCCACGUUCUCUAUGCUGCGCGUGAUAAUGCGAGAAUUCAUUCGUAGACCAGAUUUAAUUAAAAGCAAAUCAUUGAUCAACGACAUGGAAAUAUUUCUGCACGAUUACCUCAUGACUACGGUUAGAACGCAGACAUUGUCUAACAAAGUAUUCUCUGAAAUACCGUCGCCUUACGAGAUUAAUCGAGCCAUCGGUGAAAUUUCGAGCGAUCAAAAAUAUGACGAUCUCAGGCUUCUGAUGCGAUGCCAAGAUAUACAGACGCCGAUGGAAAGGGCAUUGCUUUCGGAAGACACGCCGAAACAGUUGCUCCUGCAGAUGCUGGAACUUGCCGAAAAAGAAAAUAUCGACGACGCGAUACGAAAAAGCAUCAAGAUUUUUAAGCCGCAUCUCGUGAACGACAUUCACGAAGAAGAAGUGGAGUACGUGCUGAAACAGAUGCGCGACUAUAGAUAUCACGCGAGCAAAGUGGACGUCCUUCGAAAGUAUUUCGUGAAUCGGGGAUUCCAAAAUGUCUACGGACCUAAUUUUUACCAACAAUAUCCCACUUAUAAAGAUAGACUGUUUGCGAUUAACAAUAUGACAUUGACUAACGUGACCGAUCGACCAGACGAUUUUUCACUGGAAUUUCGCGCAGCAACCGACUAUCUGAAUCGUACUCUGCACAACGAAAUUCAAAUUAAACAUAUAGUACCGAGAACAAUGGACGAUAUUAAUGUGCAGUCGCUCUUUUUCGCGUUACCGAAGACACAGGAUGAAAGAAUCAUUCGCGGUAUCAUUCGAUUCUUCUCCGUUCCAAAUUUGUUACGUAAAUUGAAGCUACCAAGAGAUCCGUUCGAGUACGUAACCAAGGGUCGCCUCUUGCAAGCGAUCAUGGAUUUGGGCCAGGAACUGAAAAGCGUGCAACAGGACUCCCUGCAACAGGAGGCUCUGGAGUACUUCAGAGAUAAAAUAAUUACCGAUGGUCCGGGUGCGCAGCCGAUCGAACUGAAGAAGUACGCGAACGAUUCCAACGUGGACGUGGACAUGUACGGCGUGAUGCGGGCUAUCGAUUACGAAAAGAUAAACGCGAUUGAUGCGGCGAAGGUAGCGAUGUUCUUCGAGCGUAAGUACGAUAAUCUGGUGCAUGCCGUGGGUUUCGAUCAUAUGGCCUAUGCGACGAGGGGCUCGUACUUGAGAGCAUUGUUUGAGCAUCUCGUUAACGUUUCUGAAGUGCCUGAUGACGUGAAGCAGCAGAUAACGUCACUGAUACCGGCGAUAAGGCUGGACGGUCCAGGAGAAGAAAGCGUCGAUCUGAACACCGACAUCGUUUACGAGGAAAUGCCGAGCAUGAGAAUGUUUAAAGGAUUUCUGGAGGAUUUUGAAUCUCAACCGAGCAUUCGUUCAGGAACGGAAGUAUCAAGUACUUUUCAGAAGAACAAAAAAUCGCUGGACACUGCCAUCGAUAACAUGCUCGAGACCAUAUCGUCAUCUGAAGAAGAAUACCUCGAACAAAUUAACGGACAAUCUAACAAAUACACGCAGCAAACUCGCAUUGUCAGCGGUGGUACUUACCAUCCCCACGAUAUCGCUCGACGAAAAUUAAAUCUCGAGCGAAUGAAAGGUAUGAAUAACUUAACAAAGGUACUAGCCACGGAUCAUUUGAAAACAAAAAAGAAAAACGAUCAAUUAACGAAUAAAUUAUUGUUCAGUAAUGUCAGCCAAGUGAUUCCUUCCAAUGAAAUCCAUGUCAAGUACAAGAUAAAAAAAAAAGAGGUAAUAUAUUAAAAAAUGACUUGAGGCAAACACAAUCAAGCAGCAAUUUUGCCUACCUUAGCGACAAAGGCGAUAACAACUCAUUUACAUUUGGGGAACAGCUAUAGUAGUAUCUUCCUCGAUAUCCUCAAAAAUUACUGUCCAAAGAGCUACCGAAAAAAUCACGUCGUCUUAACCAAAUGCGUCAUAAGUCGCGGAAUCAGAGAUUUUUCAUUUAACCGGAUACUAUCGAUAUUGAGUAUAAUAACUAACAAAAAUACGCCAAUUGCCAGAAUGUGACACAAUAUGUUGCAGGAUGAAAAAAUGUAUCUUUUGUCAGAGCAGGCAAAAUGUUGAAGAUUGUAAAGAAAGAUCUUAGUAGUAGGAACACAAAGAAAGAAGAGGAAUGUGGUUCAAAGUAAAUUAAAUUUCCUGAAGCACUGAUGUUUAUUACUUGUUAUAAAUCAUUAAAAUAUCAAUUAUCAAUAAAUGCAUGAUAAAAAAGUGCGUCUCAAUUGUGAAAAAAUAGAAUGAAAAAAAUGCAGCUUAGUUUUAUUGAUUAUAUUUGAAAGUAUAAGUGGACCAGAUAAAAAAAGUAUAUUUUUUGUUAAUGAUUCAAAACUAUAAUUGAUUAACUUUUGUUCGUUAAUAUUAAAUAAAAAUUCUUAAAUUAACUUCGUAAAAAUAGUAAAAUUGUUUGGUUCUAUGAAUAGGCUUUAUUUUAUUUCGAUUUAGCAUUAAUAUUUGUUUUAUUAGAAUAUAUAAUUAUCCACAUCUAUUUGUAAUAUAAUGUAAUAUAUUGUAUUACAUUUCAUUAAUAUUAAAAAUAUGGUUUCAUAGUUGAAUAAUAGAGUCCAGUUAUUUCAUAAAUUAUAUGAUUGUUACAUUUAUUAAAAUCAUGACUGUUUUACAAAGAAUCAUUAGUUAAUAAUGUAAUUUACAUAAAACAUUCGAGUUUAGUUAAAUAAAAUAUUCAAGUAUCAA